AUAGCCAUCUCCCUGCGACCUCCCGGGCCAGCCAGAGCUGGCGCCAGCAUCUGCUGCCUUCAACAAAGAGUAGAGACAGAGAGAGAAAGACCAGCGAAGUGCAGAGCUGGCGAGGUGUCGGCGGAAUCGCUCCUGUGUUUACUAAACAACAAAAAAAAGUAAUUUCAUUUCCAAGCCUUUGAAGAUUUGGAUCAAAGCGCCCGCCUGGUUUGUGCGGUGUAAUUUGUGAUCAACUCUCCUGGCGCUGGGAACGCUCACUGCAAAAUCUGACAGCCCCGACUUGGGAGGAUUGGAGGAAGUAUUUAAACGGGAGGCUCGGUAGUGUGUCGGCACAGGUACCCUGCCUUCUUCGCACUCCCGUCUUGGGGGGGAAAGGAUAUGUGGGUGUGAGCAUCAGGGCAAACUUCACCCGGAGAAUGGAGCGGUCCGUGCGCCUGGUGUCGCUCGCAGCCCUGUCCCAGUGGCUGAUGCUCGGGACCUGCUGGGCCAUCGGCUCGCUCGAACACGAGAGAGGCAGGGAAGCCAAAUGCGAGGCGAUCGAGAUCCCCAUGUGCCUGGGAAUCGGCUACAACAUGACCAGGAUGCCGAACUACAUGGGCCACCAGAACCAGCGGGAAGCCGCCAUCAAGCUGCACGAGUUUGCGCCGCUGGUCGAGUACGGCUGUCACGUUCACCUCCGGCUCUUCCUGUGCUCCCUCUACGCCCCGAUGUGCACCGACCAAGUGUCCACCUCCAUCCCCGCCUGCAGACCCAUGUGCGAGCAGGCGCGCCAGCGCUGCGCCCCCAUCAUGGCUCAGUUCAACUUUGGCUGGCCCGAGUCGCUGGACUGCACCAAGCUGCCCACCAGGAACGACCCUAACGCCCUGUGCAUGGAAGCCCCCGAGAACGCCACCGGAGACCCCCAGAAGGGGCAGGGCAUGCUGCCCGUGGCGCCCCGAGCCCGCUCACCCGGGGCAGCCGAUGGGAGAAGCCAGGCUCCGCUCGGCUCCUGUGACAACCCCGACAAGUUCCAGUACGUGGAGAAGAGUCUGACCUGCGCCCCCAAGUGCUCCCCGGGCGUGGACGUCUACUGGUCCAAGGGGGACAAAGACUUUGCUUUCAUCUGGAUGGCCGUGUGGUCCACGCUCUGCUUCAUCUCCACGGCCUUCACGGUGCUCACCUUCCUGCUGGACCCCCACCGCUUCCAGUACCCCGAGAGGCCCAUCAUCUUCUUGUCCAUGUGCUACAACGUGUACUCGGUGGCGUUCAUCAUCCGCUCGGUGGCAGGGGCAGAGAACAUCGCUUGCGACCGAGAGAAUGGGGAGCUCUAUGUCAUCCAAGAGGGUCUGGAGAGCACAGGUUGCACCAUCGUCUUCCUCAUCCUGUUUUACUUUGGUAUGGCCAGCUCGCUCUGGUGGGUCAUCCUGACCUUAACCUGGUUCCUGGCUGCCGGCAAGAAAUGGGGCCAUGAAGCCAUCGAGGCUCACAGCAGCUACUUCCACAUGGCUGCCUGGGGUGUGCCAGCCAUGAAGACCAUCAUCAUACUGACCAUGAGGAAGGUGGCAGGCGAUGAGUUGACCGGCCUGUGUUAUGUGGGCAGCAUGGACGUCAACGCAUUGACAGGCUUUGUGCUCAUCCCUUUGUCCUGUUACCUGGUGAUUGGGACCUCCUUCAUUCUAACCGGCUUCGUGGCUCUCUUCCACAUCCGCAGGAUCAUGAAGACCGGAGGCACCAACACAGAGAAGCUGGAGAAGCUGAUGGUGAAGAUCGGAGUCUUCUCCAUACUUUACACUGUGCCGGCCACCUGCGUCAUUGUCUGCUAUUUCUACGAGAGGUUGAACAUGGAUUAUUGGAAAGUGCUCGCCUCCGAGCAGCCUUGCCUGGUCUACCCCGGGAGAAGGACUAUGGACUGUACUUUGGACGAGUCUGUGCCGACGGUGGCAGUCUUCAUGCUGAAGAUCUUCAUGUCGUUGGUGGUGGGGAUCACCAGCGGGAUAUGGGUCUGGAGCUCGAAGACCCUGCAGACUUGGCAGAGUUUGUGCAGCAGAAAGCUGUCAGUGAGGACUCGAGGGAAGCCUUGCAGUGGGGUCAAUUGUUCGGCUAGCCAUUGCCAUUACAAGGCACCUUCUGUCAUGGUCCACAUGAGCAAAACAGACCCUUACCUGGACAAUCCAACUCACGUGUAACUAAUACCAGGUUGCAAAGUAAUCACUAGCAGAGCAGUGGGCCCAGUAUAGAGCCCGGGGACCAGCACCCUGGUCACAGUUUACUAGUUCUAUUAGUCACAUUACUGAUGUCUCCUAACCUAUUGGAUUUGUGUGGAGCUCCUGUAAAAUCCAUGUAAAGGUUCCCAUUCUGGAGGAAAGCAGUCGUCCAGAAAGACAUGCUGGCUGUUUUCCAUCCAACGUCUCCACACGAACCAAGUGGGCCAAGAGUGACCUGUCCACAACUCCGAGGAGACGGAUGGGAUAGUUUGGAUAUAUUGUGGGCUGCAAAUGGAUUUUUGUGGUGGUGGUAAGCUCAACUGAAUUCCACUGUGCCGGCUCUGUAGAAAGGGGAAAAGGGUAAUCAGUCUUGCAUUUGAGUGCAUUCUCAUUUCCCAAAACGACACAGUGGAAUUACUGGCAUGUAUAAUGUCAAAAUGUAACAAAAAUAGUAAAUAUUGAUCACAUUUUAAAUGUUAUUUUUUAAUCCUGAAAUACAAUAGUUGUUCACAUUCCCAAAGAUAUAUAAUUAUUUUUGUCAAAUCCCUGGUACUUUGCUGCAGAAUGCUCUUCAAAUAAACUGAAGGCUCCUUUUGGGGAGAUUAAAACAGCGAGCAGCUGAUGAGAGGCAAGAAGCCCCAGGUUUAAUUACUAAUCUGUGCUGUCAGUUGUGGGCAGCAGGUGUGAGGAUAGGGGAAGGACUGCAGUUGGUUUCAGCGCCCCUGUGAGUGUGGAAGCCACUUUGCACCGCAAGUCACUUAGCUCCUCCUGGAGGUGUGACUGUUUCUAUGGACCAAUGUGAUAUCCCUUUGUGUUUCAGUAACACCCUGACUCACUGUUCAGGAUAAUAAUUCAUGAGGAAUGGCUGUUUGUCCUGUUGAGUAUGUGGGAAGGGGUGGCUGUAGACUGGCGAUCAACACCAAGAGAGAGAGACCCACGGUUAAUUUGUACCACAGAGGGCAGAAAGAUUGAAAAAUCAAUACGCUAAACUAACCUGAGAACCUUUAUAAUUUCCCUACCAGGGCUUGUUUGGGUCUCCAGUCCAGCUGACACCCGCCCCAAAGUAAAAUAUUCAAUUUAAAAAUGUUUCUUUUCACUACAUUCAAUACUUUCCAUAUAAACACUUCAUUCUUCCAACAAAAAUAUUCAAACUUGCGUUCGCAUUUCAGCACAAGGGACUGUUUUCACUUUUCAGUUUCUCUCAUUUAAAACAUUUUUUUUAACCCUGUCAGGGCAGAAAAUAAAAUUAGCUUGCAGCUGCUUACAUGUCAGGUAAACAAUGCAAUAGACUAAUGGGCCAAAUUAAAAUGUUUCUGCAGUGUCUGGGUAAAGGCAGACUCGUUUAAUAUCAGCCAAGUUCAGUUACUACUGAAGUUCUUUUGUAGAUAGGUGUUUCUAUUUUUUCUUUCCCAGCUAAUGAUCUCUCUUCACUGGGCUAUCCAGCUUGGCCGGGCAAGGUGUUUUAAGUUUGCCCUCUCUAAGCUGACGGCUGAACUCAACCAGAGCAAGAGCAGUGCAGUACAGUUGAGACCUACUGGCCUGACUGGAGCUAGAUACAACACACCAGCGACCCGGUUGCUGAUGAUGUCCAGCUGCCCACUGGGGGAGUAUCAUCAGAUAAGGAACUGGGUGGUUCAGCCAUGUUCCCCUUCGCAGUCAAAUAUUUCACCUUCACUUGCCGUUCAACCUAGAGUGUGGCUAACUUUAGCAAAAUAAAGACUGCCGUGGCAGCAGGAUUGAUGAGAGAUGAAGCUGAGAAAAUGAUUAUCAAGUCAUUUUCAAAAGCGCUUAAAAAAAAUAACUAUAUGCCAUCUAUCACCUAGUAGUUUUGUAAAUGUUCGUAACCGUUCUUAAUAAAUGCAACUUCCUCACUGCCAACCAGCGUCUCACUGCAACAAGUUUAGGCGCCUGAGCUGUUUAUUAAUUUCAGCUGUUGCGAGCAAAAGGAAUAUUGUGAAGCCUUCAUUACAUGGGUGAGGGGUGAAAGUAAGGUGUUAAAGUGGCUGGCGAGUUUAGUGAAGACGCAACUAAUAGGUCUUCUCACAGUGAGGGAGGGGGAAUAUAGUGGCAGCUCAUAAUGGCCAAUGUCAUCUGCUUAGCUGGGGUCAUUCCAUGUAAAAGAGAGUGGUGGAAUUAUCAGCCUUAAAUUAUACCCUAAUCCUCCAACCCCUGAGUUUCCUAUUGUGCAAUAUAAUUCCUCAUGAAGGAAAUGAGAAGGGUGGGAACUCCUCUCCUUUACUUCUAUUCUUUGUGUAGGUGACUCAUUACGUCUUGUAUUUUCUUUUGUGUAUAUAUGCUUUGUACGUUAGUUGUAAUUUUAUUUUGUGUGGUGCUUUUGCAUUCCUGUCCCCUCCUCACCCUUACCCCUACCCCUCCCCACUUUGCUAAAGAGGAAGGUGCACAGUUGAGCUGCGGGGGGGGGGGGGGGGGGGGGGGGGGGGGGGGGGAGGGGGAGGGGGGGAGUGGUCAGAUUGCUCGGGAGAGUCUGUGGCAGUGUCAAUGCAUCUUAUUGUCAGGGUCAUUCUGCUGCUCGAUGAAAGUUUCCUCCCAGCAAAGGUCUUUCACAAGAUGUCAUAGCGUUCAGAUGGGGCUUUGGAGAGGGUCAGUGGGUAUCACGGGUCAUUAAUAUUUUUAUAUUGUACCUUCUUAUCAUCAAAGGAAGUGGUGACUGUGCCAGGUCUAGCAUCAGGUACAGUUCAAAUAAAUCCUUAUAGCAUCAGCCCUGCAGAAAGUCGCAAGGCUUUUCUUUCAGAUUCUGUUCCCAGCUUGGCUAAAUUGUCUCUUCAUUGUUAAUGUCUCAUUCACCCACCUAAAGUUAUGAGCAACGUCCUGUUAGAUAGCCCAAAACAGCUUAUUGGCUCUUUAAAAAAUCCCAACACAUCAACAUGGUCCCAGUAAACAACUCAAAAUAUGAAUUUUCCCCCUUUAAAUAGCCCAGCAUGUUAACAAUCCAGAAUAUCAAUAUUGGCCCCUUUAAUAACCCAGAAUAUCAACACUGCUCUAAACAGCGCAGGCAUCAACAUUGUUCUUUAAACAACCCAGCACUUGAUCAUUGCUACUUCAUCAGUGCUACUGAGAUCAGCUGCUCUAUUUACAUUUCAAGGCUGAUAACUAAUAUUUAUGAAUAAACCUUCCUGGUGUUCAGUGCAUAUUAACUUGAUGAAUAUUGCAGUGAAUAAUAAGGCUUUGAGGUUGGUGGUGAUCACCAAAAUUGGGAAUUUCUUGUCCAAAGCAACUAAUUGGAAAAUCAGUACCGAGCCAUUUGGUGCCACAGUAGAGCUGAUGUCUCACAGCAAAAAUCGUGCGGGUUGGUAUGUUAAAUACCCAGCGUAAGUUGCCUCUGUUGUGUACAUGAGUGGUAGAAACCAGAAGGAAUCAAUAGGAGGAUCACAUGGAAUCAGUAUUUAAUGGUCAGUACAGACUUGGUGGGCCGGUGUCUACUUCCCUACCGUAUCUGUCUAUGACUGUGAAUAAACUUAGGAGAUACUUCCGUGUAGAAAAGCUGAUAAGACGUUUGGAAAUCUUGUGCAAGUGGGAAUUCAUGCUGGGAUGACUGUUAAAUUAAAAUUUGAGAGUGAAAGAUUUCUUUGUUAACAGAAGUGUUAAGAGAUAUGGAGCAGAUGGAGAUACAUGGAGAUGGUUCACAGGUCAGCUAUGAUCAUAAUAUGUAACAGAAAUGCUUUGAGGAGCCAAAGGCUUACGUUUCUUGGGUGCCAUAUCCACAUGGGGGAAGAAAUGUUCAGACUAGACUGCGAUAUUUAGUGAAGUAAAUAAUCUAUUGCGUUUUCUUUGUCCAGUCAAUGGGAGCGAUGUUCUUGAGAACAAGGUAGCAGAAUGCUGUAGGUCUGAACCCCAAUGAGUCAGGUCUUUCAAGCUAAAGGGAAGCAAAUUGGUCAAUUGGCCAUGAUUUGUAAUAUUUCUUUUAAUUAGAAUCUACAAAAAAUGUAUAUACCUUUUCAGCAGUAUUUUCUGUUCUGUUCAGAAAGAAUGUCAUCAAAGCUUUCCCUUCUUUCAAAAGUAUUAAGUAGAUUUAAUUUCACCUGCUUCCCAAGUUUGGAAAAAAGUUUUAUACAGGAGCAAUAUCUCCAAGUAAAAUACCUUCUCAGUGAUUAUGUUCUGUAAAUCAUUUUAAAAGCUGCCGGUUUUUGACUUUAAACUGUUUAUUUCAAGGCUCCAUUAUAUGAGUUCAGAUAAGAUAAUUUUUCUAAAGGGGCUCUGAGGGUAGUGUUUUCACCACACAGCUUUAUGGAACAGGAAAUGUUAGCUCUGCUACUCCUGCCAUUCUAAGAAUGAAUUAUAAGUUUUAUUAUAAUUCAGAUGUUUUAGGUUGAAAUCCCAUUCCAAGGCCUAAAUGUACACCUGAAUUUAGCAGUAAUGUGGUAAUUCUCCAUCAUGCCGCCUUUUGAUCGGGAUGUUAAUUCAAGCCACUCGGAUAUGGUGAAACGGGAAAUUGUUUCCAUUUCCUCCUCAGUUGGGAAGUUUUUGGAAAGCCUUGAAGCAGCUCUUACUCACUGAAUUGGUUCUGACUCACAAAAAGGGCACUGCAGUGGGGAAACUGAUCAAAGAAUAGCCCGGUAAUGUUUUUUUUAAAAAAAAACGCCCUCUCUCAAUUUCGCCCCUUGUACCCUGAAGGUGAAUCUCAGGCACCAGCCAACAUUUCACCCAUGGUUCAAGAGACUGCAUUUCGGGAAGACAGAUAGGGACUGUAAGAGGUUGAAUGGGUGAGUGAGUAUGGGUGUAGGCUUAUGACUGUAGCCACUGUAUUCUCCUCUAUUUCCACUUUCAUGAUCACUGUCUGUGCUCGCCAACCCUCUUGUGAAGGUUGUGCAAAUGGAUUGAAUUGCCUGUAGUUCACUUCUCUCUGUCCAUUUGAUGAUUGUAGAGUUAUUAAUUUAUGGUAAGACAAACAAUAGAAUAUCAUUUUUGUAUAUGUUUAUGAUAGUUUAAAUGCAAAUAUAUAUUUUUGGGUUUUUUUGUACA